AUGUCACCAACGUCUACGCCUCACAAAGCAAACGCAACGCACUUCAAAGAGAUUCAGAAAUUCAGCACGGAGUAUUCGCCUACUACUAUAACGCAGUAUGAGUCUACAAGAACGGGAAUGAGGAUUGUGAUAGUUGAUAAAGAGGGUCCCAAAGUUGACGGUCUUUUCACUCUUGCAACAGAGAUUCAUGACGAUUCAGGGGCACCUCAUACUCUCGAGCAUCUAUGUUUCAUGGGGUCUAAGAGCUAUCAGUACAAAGGAAUGCUGGACAAGCUUGCCACAAGAGCGUAUUCCUAUACCAAUGCAUACACAGCGACCGAUCACACUGCCUACGAACUAAGCACUGCUGGCUGGGAAGGAUUUGCGCAGAUACUUCCAGUUUAUUUGGAACAUAUCGUUGCGCCCACAUUAACAGAUGCCAGCUGUUAUACAGAGAUACAUCAUGUGGAUGGCUCUGGAAAUGACGCUGGUGUAGUGUACUCCGAGAUGCAGGCGGAAGAAAAUCAGAAAGGCGGGCUCAUGUGGAGAAAGUCCAAACGACUAUUGUAUCCUGAGGGGGUAGGCUUCAGGUAUGAAACUUUUGGAAUGAUGGAAUCUCUGCGGGCAUUAAGUGCACACCGGAUCCGCGAGUUUCAACAUGAUAUGUACCAGCCGAAGAACUUGUGUUUGGUCAUUGUGGGCGCCGUCGAUCAUGUGAACCUGUUGGAUGUUCUGGAACAUUUUGAGGGUACCAUAUUGGAAGAUAUACCCAAACCUGGCGCACCUUUUAGCCGGCCUUGGUUAGAAUCCAAGCAGACGCUGCCGCUGGAAAAAUCAACCGUCGAAUACGUUGAAUUCCCCGAAGCAGACGAGUCUUCAGGCGAAAUACUCAUGAACUUUUUCGGACCUGACUUGGCGGAUAACCUUCUUUGUGGUGCCAUGAAUGUUCUCCUUAGGUAUCUUGCCGGCUCAUCUGCCUCAGUCUUGGACAACACGCUUGUAGAGAAGGAGCAAAUUGCUAGUGGGGUGUUCUACGAAUGUGAAUAUCGACCCAAGACAGUCAUUCAAUUUACCUUGACUGGCGUUGCUACAGAAGAAUUGGAGCAAGUCGAAGCUAGGUUUCAUGAGCUUCUUAGGGAGACCGCUGCGAAGCCAAUUGAUCUCGAGUACAUGAAAGACUGCACUCGGCGCGAAAAGCGUCAAGUGAAAUUCUACGCCGAGAGCUCAGGAGGAUUCUUCACUGAACCAAUUGUCAAGGACUUUCUGUUCGGCAAACGUGACGGAUCAACAUUAAAGGCUGAUCUCGAAAAUUUGGGAGAGUACGAUACUUUGGAGACUUGGGAAGACUCCCAAUGGAGACACUGGCUGAGGGUCUGGAUGUCAGAAGCCCAUCAUAUCAGUGUAAUUGGUAAACCCUCGGCUGCUCUGCCUGAUAAGAUCGAGUCCAGAGAAAAGGCUCGCAUUGCGGCACGAAAGGAGCGACUGGGAGUCGAAGGACUUGAGGACUUGUCUGCAAGGCUUGCAGCCGCAAAGGCGGAGAAUGAUAAGGAGGUCCCCAAAGAAGUUCUCGAGCAAUUUGAGGUUCCAAAUACAUCAUCAAUCCACUUUAUCAAUACGACAACUGCACGAGCUGGUGCGGCCCGAAAUAUGGGCUCCCUCCAAAAUCCAGCACAGCAAGUUAUUGACAAGGACAGCGAUCUGCCCGUUUUCUUACAUUUCGAACAUGUGCAGUCAAAUUUUGUUUACUUGACGCUUGUGCUGGGUACUGAAGCGAUUCCGGUCUCCCUCAGACCGCUACUGACCAUCUACAUGGAGGGAUUUUUUAGCACACCGAUGCUGCGCGACGGGAAGACAAUCGGCUUUGAACAAGUCAUCAUGGAGCUGGAAAGGGACACUGUAGGCUAUGCUGUCGAUUCAGGUCAGCCUAUUGGCAAUCCUGAAGUCGUCACAAUCAGAAUGCAGGUCGAGGUCGAAAAAUAUCAAACGGCAAUUCAUUGGCUGAGAGAGUUGAUGUAUUCCUCUAUUUUUGAUCUCGACAGAGUCAAAUCCAUAACAUCAAGGCUCCUGGCAGACAUACCGGAUGAGAAGCGAGAUGGGGAUGACAUGAGAUUAGCUGCUGAAUUAAUGGUUGGCACCGCACCUUCGUCUAUCACCAGGGCGUGUAAUACACUUGUGGGUGCUGUUUACCUCAAACGCGUCAAAAAUCUCCUCAAAAAGGACCCCGAGGCCAUCAUCAACCAACUCAAAGACAUCAACUCUGCACUCUGCCAGCCAGACAAUUGGCGUAUUCUUGUCGUUGGCAACGUAGAGAAGCUCCCUCACCCGGUCGCCUCGUGGAAUACUCUUACCACAAAACUUGACAACGGCAAAUCUCUCAAACCCCUAGACACUCGCCUCUCAAGACUCAGUGAACAGGGCAAAAGCCCAGGUAAUUCGGCCUAUGUCAUCCCAAUGCCAUCGCUUGAUUCGUCAUUUGCGAUCGCGGUUGGCAAAGGCCCGUCCUCUUACGACGACCAUCUCGUGCCAGCACUCAUGGUUGCGACUGCCUAUCUCAACAACAUCGAAGGACCAGUGUCAGCAGCCGCUCGUGGUAGGGGUCUUGCAUACACCGUCAGCUUCCGCCACCACGUUGGCUCUGGCCAAGUAUCGUUAGACAUCUCCCGUUCUCCCAACGCCUUUGUAGCGUUCGUUGCCAUCAAGGAGGUCAUGCGAUCGUUCGCCCUUGGCGAGAGAGUAAUCGAUCCUCUCGAUCUGGAAAGCGCCGUCAGCUCAGUUGUGCUGGGCUUCGCUAAUGCAGAAGCAACCAUGGCAAGUGCAGCUGAGAUUAGCUUUGUACGGCAAGUCAUGAGAGGAUUGCCUAAGGACUGGCCGACCAUCAUACUAGAACGUGUCAGGAACGUAACUAGUGAGGACUUCAGAGACUUGAUGAGGAAUGUUCUACUCCCCAUCUUUGAAGGCAGAACCUCUAAUUUAGUCGUCACUUGCGCCCCGAUCAUGGAAAAGGAAAUCGUCCAGGGUUUUAGAGGGAUUGGAUUUGAGGCUGAGGUCAAGCCACUGGAUUUUUUCCAGGAUGACUAUGGUUUAGAAGGAGGGGGGAAAGAUGAGGAUGAGAACGAUCAAGACGGCGAAGAUGAGGACGAGGACGAGGAAGAAGACGGGGAAGACGACAAUUUUCCAGAAUGCUGA